AUUGGCAUAAUUGGUCCGGUAAUCAAAAGAGCACCCCUACCAAAAUCUUUCGACCGAAAAAUUUGCAAGAUAUAAAAAAUAUUAUUGAAUUAGCGAAAACGAAUCAUAAAAAGAUUCGAUGUUCCGGAUCCGGUCAUUCUUGGAGUAGUUUAAGUGUUACCAAUGAUUAUUUGGUACUUAACGAAAAUUUGAAUAAAAUCGAGAUUAAUUAUAAUGAAAGGUUGAAAAUUUGGACUGUUACCACCGAACCUGGUGUGAAGUUCAAAGACCUUGAUAACGCUUUGUCGGAACAUAACCCUCCGUUAACUUUAACUUCCGCAACGGUAUUGGAUAACGUGACAACUGGAGGAGUGGUCGCACCCGGUUGUCACGGUGCGAAAUGUGACAAUGCAACCAUUCCGGAUAAAGUAAUCUCAAUCCAAAUCGUUACAUCUUCCGAUGGAGAAGUUCAUGAAUUUUCGGAUGAAAUAGAUCCUGAAGAAAUGAGCGCUGCUAGAAUCAAUUUGGGUCUCUUGGGGAUCAUAUAUAAGAUUACUUUCGAAGUUGAGCCAAUGUUCCAUUUAGAGAUGAUCGAUACCACCCCAGACAUCAAAACUGAUUGGAACGCGUCAAACAUAAAGAGAAUCUUUACAGAGUCUGACAGUCUUGAAAUAUUUUAUUGGCCAUUCAAUACUCCUGAACUUGAGGAAGAGAAUGACAAAAUUUGGAUAAAACAACAUAAAAGGACACAAGAUCCAGUUGAAAAGUCAGAGGGCCACCUCAAGUUUGAACGUGUUAUACAGACUUUGUCGGUUAAAUUUGGCGAUCAUAUUUACGAUUUCAUGACCAAACUUCCAACCUCUACACCUUUUAUAACUCAUCUUCUUUUCGAAGCUGGGGUUCAUGAAAAUGAUGUAGUUUUGUUAGCUCCGGACGCUAUCCAUUAUCAAGCCGGUAUCAGCAAUAUUCCAUGUUUGGAUUUGGAAUUUUCCAUCAAAGUUGAUCAAGACUUUUCCAACGUUAUCGAAGAAGUCAAUUACAUCGUUAAAAGGGUUCGUCGUCAACUUGAUGCUUAUUAUCAUCUUUUCUGUAUCAAAAUUCUCAAAUCAACUCAACCCUUAAAAAUCUUUAACACGUUUAAACAGAUUUACGAAGAAGCCAGCAAAAAGAAUUUCCCCGUAAACUUGACAGCUGAAUUACGAAUCAACAAAUCAUCACGUUGCUUAUUAGCUACGACAUACGACAAAGAUCCGGAUGUGAAUUUCGUAAUGCUUGAAAUUUUAUCUGUCAACGGCACAAAAGGGUUUCAAGAAUUUUCCAUUGAAUUGGCCGAAAGAUGGAUGUCAAAGUAUAAUGCUCAACCACAUUGGGCUAAAUUGUGGGAAUACGUGCCAAAUAUUAUACCACACAUAAAAAAAUGUUUAAGUGUAGAUGACCGUCUUAAUAGGUUUGAAAAAGUUCGUGCUAAAUAUGAUCCUGAAGAAUAUUUCUUUGAUAAUAAGAAUUUAAGAGAAAUUUUCGGUAAGGAAUGA